AGCAGUUUCUGUAGGUCUCUUGGGAAUAUCUGGGAUUCAGAUGAAGAUAUAUAGUACUGCUGUGUAACAGUUUGAGAUAUCUUGAAGGUCAGAUUAAAUGACCAGUAGUGGGGGCCAAUAGAGCUAUUAAGAGUUUGUUCCUAAGGAAAUCUGUUAAUCCUUCUCUUUGUUACAUUUGAAGCUGCACACUAUCAAAACUACUCUAUGUGCUUGCCUUAGUCUAGUAGUGUCAGUGUUUUAUCAACAGAUAACUGAGCCGCUCUAAAAAAAAUUGGAAAAUGGAGCUGUGACUAGCUAUUUUUUGUUUUGUAUGAUUUUUCUUCUAAAUAUAAACUGAAAAGAGUAUUAAGGAAAACUUGAGAGAAUUGUUUUACAUCCAAAAUGAUACCCUGUGGACCUGUUCUGUCAUUUGUUCGGUGUUUGUUGCGAAGAAAAAUUGUCACUGUGGACAGUCUUGAAGAUUCCAAGUUAUGCCGAUGUUUAUCCACUCUGGACCUUAUAGCUCUGGGAGUGGGAAGCACUCUUGGUGCUGGUGUUUACGUACUUGCUGGAGAAGUUGCAAAAGCAGAUUCUGGACCUAGUAUUGUUAUUUCUUUCCUCAUUGCUGCCUUGGCAUCUGUGAUGGCAGGUCUUUGCUAUGCUGAGUUUGGUGCUCGUGUUCCCAAGACUGGUUCUGCAUAUUUGUAUACUUAUGUAACUGUUGGUGAACUGUGGGCUUUUAUCACUGGCUGGAAUCUCAUUUUAUCAUACGUUAUAGGUACAUCCAGUGUAGCAAGAGCGUGGAGUGGCACCUUUGAUGAACUCCUUGGAAAACAAAUUGGUCAGUUUUUCAGAACCUACUUCAGAAUGGAUUUUUCUGGUCUAGCAGAGUAUCCAGACUUCUUUGCAGUAUUUUUGAUAUUGCUUCUGGCAGGUCUUCUGUCUUUUGGAGUAAAAGAAUCCGCAUGGGUGAAUAAGAUUUUCACUGCUGUUAACAUCUUGGUUCUCCUCUUUGUUAUGAUUUCUGGCUUUGUGAAAGGAGAUACUGACAACUGGAAAAUAAGUGAAGAAUCUCUCAUAAACCUCACAGCACAAACAGGAAAUUAUUCUUCCUAUAAGAACGUGACAAGCAUAUUUGGGGCUGGUGGUUUUAUGCCAUAUGGUUUUACAGGAACAUUGGCUGGUGCUGCAACAUGUUUUUAUGCCUUUGUGGGAUUUGAUUGCAUUGCAACAACUGGGGAAGAAGUCAGGAAUCCUCAGAAAGCUAUACCUAUUGGAAUUGUGACUUCCCUGCUUGUCUGUUUUAUGGCCUAUUUUGGUGUUUCGGCAGCUUUGACUCUUAUGAUGCCAUACUAUCUUCUAGAUGAGAAAAGUCCUCUUCCUGUAGCAUUUGAAUAUGUUGGAUGGGGUCCUGCAAAGUAUAUUGUAGCGGUGGGAUCCCUCUGUGCUUUGUCCACAAGUCUUCUUGGAUCCAUUUUCCCAAUGCCACGUGUAAUCUAUGCUAUGGCGGAAGAUGGGUUGCUUUUCAAAUGUCUAGCUCAAAUCAAUUCCAAAACGAAGACUCCAGUUAUUGCUACUUUGUCAUCGGGUGCAGUAGCAGCUAUAAUGGCAUUUCUUUUUGACCUAAAGGCUCUGGUGGAUAUGAUGUCUAUUGGUACACUUCUUGCUUACUCACUUGUAGCAGCCUGUGUUCUCAUCCUCAGGUACCAACCCAAUUUAACCUAUGAGCAACCAAAAUAUUCUCCAGAGAAAGAGGCUCUGACAGGAUCAGAGAGGAAAUCUCAAAUUAGUAUGCUUCAAGGGCACCGCUUCAGUCUUCAGACAUUGAUGAAUCCAUCCAGUUUGCCUACAGAGCAGUCUGCCACUACCGUUAGCUUUUUGGUGGGUCUAUUAGCUUUUCUGGUGUGUGGGUUGAGUGUUCUGACCACAUAUGGGAUUCAUUUUAUUGCUAAUAUGGAGCCUUGGAGCAUUGGUCUUCUUGCUGUGUUGGUAGUACUCUUCAUAGUCAUAGUUCUCACCAUAUGGAGGCAGCCUCAGAGCCAGCAGAAAGUAGCCUUUAUGGUUCCAUUCUUGCCAUUUUUGCCAUCCUUCAGUAUCUUGGUGAAUAUUUACUUGAUGGUACAGUUAAGUGGAGAGACUUGGAUCAGAUUUAGCUUCUGGAUGGCUUUUGGCUUCUUUAUUUACUUUGCAUAUGGCAUCAGACAUAGUCUUGAAGGUCAUCCUAGAGAUGAGGAAGAUGAAGAUACUUGCUCAGAAAAUAGUGGAAUACAGGAAAAGAACCCCGUGGAAGAAGCAGAUGAACAUACAAAUGAAAAUGCUCAGUUUAUUAUACAUGAAAGGACAAGUGAAUGUUAAUGUUUGCAAACAACCUUAACGUGCAUGUCUCUGAAGUAGUAGUAAACUGUGAUCGAAUGUAGUUGCUGAACGAAAUUGUCAAAAGGUAGCUGCCAGCAGAUUAACAGUAAUUUAUAUUUGUGCAUCUUGAAAGUGCCUACCACAAAGCAUGACUGACGUGUUGAACUAGCUGCUAAUACCUCUUGGAUACUUCAGAUCCAGUCACAUGAAGACUUUCUUCAGUGAAAAAUUGAUAUCCCAGAUGAAAACAUCAAGGAAGAUAAGGGGAAGGACAGACUUCCAAGCGGAUAACUGUACCUUUGCUAUGCUAAAAUUUGGGGGUGUUUUGGUUGCACAAUUAUAUACAAUUAAUUGGUGAUGACAAAGUAUAAAGAAUUUUAGGAUUGCUUACAAAAGAGGGCCCUGAACAUUUUACAUUUUAUGAAGAAAGCAACUGCUUUUCAUAUGUUCUCCUUAUCCCUGUUCAUUAAAAUACUUUGUCAUGUCUGAUAGGGUAUAAUGAAUAACAAAGUGACGAUACUCUUUGAUCAUUAAAAUAUUUAAUUCCUUCUUUUUUUUUUUUUCAGGGAACUAAUGGGAGAUUAAUUGGGAGUAGGUCUAGAGCAGUGGUUUUCAAUCCCUGGGGUCCGCAGACUAUGUCUAAGCGGUCUGUGAAAGGUAACUAAAGAAAAUAAAGGGGGGUAGCUGUGUUAGUCUGAAUGUGUAAAAAGCAACAGAGGGUCCAGUGGCACCUUUAAGACUAACAGAAGUAUUGGGAGCAUAAGCUUUCGUGGGUAAGAACCUCACUUCUUCAGAUGCAGUUUCAGAUGCCAGAAAAGGCAUUCUGUUUUUCUGAUCAAUCAAAAGUAUGUGAAUACCCCCAUCUACAGGUCAAAGCCUGGAAGUGUUAUUGUUACCAUAGAAGCCCACAGUUUAGCACCCUUCAUGCAUCAAAUACUGUGCCAAGCACGAGCAACAUUUAUAGUUGAAUUCUGUUCAGUCAGUUUUCAGUGUAAAACUUCUAGGGUAGGGAUCCGCAGACCACAGGUUGAAUUUCCAAAGGGGUCCAAUCUUCAAUUCAAAAUUUUUAGGGGUCUUCAAAUGAAAAAAGAUUGAAAACCACUGGUCUAGAGAAUAUUCUGCAAAGUUUGUUUACAAAUGGUAACAGCACAAAUCAGACACUUUUAACAAAGUAGAGUACAAUAUAUUUAUAUCAAAGUAGUAAGGAGAUGUUCGGUUAUACUUACCAGUAAGCAGAUAUGCAUAAUUCAGACUAUGAAGAUGCUUAUGAGCAAUGAUACACUAUAGGAACAGUAUUCAAGAAUAUUAUUUUGUUUCAUAUAAAGUCACAUCUGAAUUUUUUUCCUUCCAAAGUUACUCCAGGUGCUAAAAGAAAAAUUCAAAAGCAGACCUACUCUUAUUUGCCUGUAACAACUGGGACAUAAUGUGUGGGACAUCAUAGAGUGAAAUCCUGGCUCUACUGAACUCAGUGGGAAUUUCUGUAAUUAGUACUUAUGUAUAGCAUUUCUAAAAGCUUUCUUCUUCACAGCUAAAUUCCCUCUUCCUCCUCGUCCAUCAUAUGCAUAUUGUGGGGAGGGGGAGGGUUGGGUCUAUUUCAUACAUUGCUUCUUGACAAGAAAACAAAUGCCUAUGGUACUAGAGUUCCUUGCACAGAGAAGAGGAGGGUGGACAUACUUGGAGGCAAAGCUUUUAUUUACAUAUAUUUAUUUUCAAUCCUGACAGGGUAUUUUCAGGGAUGAUAGGAUUUAAAAUUUGAAAUAUAUCUAUUUGCAAAGUCUGGGUUUUUUCCCCUAAAACAAAUGUUUCAGUUCUUUAUUACCCUUUAAAUAAAUAUCAGUGAUAGUAGAGCAAGCAACCAUACAUAAACAGCACAGUGAACAUGGGUCUGAUGUCCAAAAGCCAGGAAGCAAGUUGUUAUAACAAUACUGAAUAAAUAAUUAAUUUGAACAUAAUGAACAAUAUCUUGAUGGUGUUCUUUUCAAUGUAAAAGCAAAGAUUUGUGUUACCUAUCAAAGGUACAUAAUCAUUUAAAUAUUUUUAGCGUAUAUAGGCUUAAAUAGUUGAGAAGUAUCACUAUUAGUUAUUAUAAGUGUCACUAUUAGUUAUGGAGGAUUUCAAAAUGUGGAGUUAUUUUGCCCAAAAUGUUAUUUUUAAUUAAUAAGUUCCCAAUAGUAAGCAAAGAGCGUCCAGAAUGCUUCCAUUGACUAAAGGAAAUAGAUAGUCCUACAAUCUAAAGGACAAUAUUGCUGAAGUACAUUAUGCUGUUAGCUUUCUCCUUUACUCACUGUAAGGCAAAACCCAUUGAACACAGUUUUGACAGGUGUCUUCAAAGACUUAUGUUGUCUGAUAUUAAAAAUCACCUUUAUACUUUUACAACAUCUAGAAUUUAUGAGACGGUGGAAAGCCAUUUUCUGUGUGUGUGUGAGCAGCAUUGGAUUCUUGCUACUUUUUAGCUAUAACAUGCACAAAUCCUGGUGAACACAAAAAUAUAAAAGCUUCUUGGCACAGAACCAGAAAUGUGUUGAUACCGUACAGGGGAAUUGGUCCUUAAUGUUGAGCUUGUUCCUUUACUCCUCAGUUUGUAUUGGAUUGUGGAUAUCUUGCAGUAUCUGGAAUGGAGGGAGGGGUGGAUUUGUGCUGUUGCACCAGUGGCCCCUACUGGCCAUUAACAACAAGAGGUUGCAUGCUGAAAAGAACUCCACUCCCUUUUUUCCUUGACUGGAAGGUACUUGGUUACCUAGUGUACUCCAGUGAAAUUUCCAGAGGAUAGUUGCUGGGAGGUGAGAGCCCUAUUAGCUACCUUUAUCUCUCUGAGAGAAGCAUAUGAAAAGGAAAAAUACCUUCCUCUUACUGAGACUGAAUAAAUCCUCUAACCUUAGCUAUUAUUGUCCUAAGGAUAAAUACUCACCCUUACGUAUGGUUAAUCUUGGGAGGGUCUUGGUGUUGGGGGAAGCUUAUGUAGUUUGGGUGGGGAGAAAAGGCUAGGAAAGUGGAUGGAAAGCAAACAACCCAAUAAAAGUUUGUGUGAGUAGGUCGGUGCAACUCUAUUAUCUUCAAAGGAAUGAAUCUGACCCUAUGUUAGAUAACAACUUUUACUAUUACUUUUCAGCAAAAUAGAAAUCAAAGUUCAGAUGUUGGCUUCCUUUUUUUUGGGGGGGGGGGGAAAGCAUCUUUUAACUUACAUGAUGGGAUGUUUCUGAGUUAGAAGCAGUUUUAUCUGGAUAUAAAGAAAGACGCUAUUAGACUUCUGGCAUCAGUGGAAAUUCCUUUGUCUCAGCUUUGAGGAUGUUACUACUAAAUGGAUUCAAAAUACUAUCUGUGUAGAGGGAAACUGACAUUAUUCUCUGCUUAUAUUUGUUUCUACAAAAUGUGCAUGUAACUAAUAUAUUUUAGAAAAUUUAAUAGUAUUUACAUUUUAUUAAUCAUUGAUGCUUCAAGAGUUUUUUUUUUUUUUAAGUCCAUUGAUUUAAGGGGACCUUUGUGGGUAGAGAGACUUGCAGACUUGGGCUCCAUAUAUUUAUAAAAUUUCUAAUAUGAAAUCACAAAAUAUUAAUACCUUUUUAUAAAGCUUAUUAGAUGGUGUGUAUUAUAAUGUUUGCCUUAAUCCCUGAAAUGCUAGGAAUUAUGUUUAACUGUGUGUCAUGGGACAACCAGUGACCCACCAGGAUGGGUUUAAUGUUUUUGUUUUUGUUUUUUAAUGUAACUGCUUUCUUCAGACUUUUAAAAUCAGGUAUCAUAGAGAACAGAUUUUAGAUGUAGUUGGAUGGGCCUGUCACUCAUCAUUCAGAAUGGUGCAAUUAAAGGAAAACUCCAGUGACUUAUUACACUAAAAUAGAUAGAUAAAUGUUUACUAAAUAAGAAUAUUAACACAGGAAUUUUCAGAGCUUUUUAGAAAUACUUAUCAGUUUCAAUAUCUUGUUAAAUGAAUGAAAAAAAGAUGUCUGUCUCAGUUAGGUCUAACAUUUCAAUUAUACUUUCCAUCAGGGGCCCAUUUUGAUGCAGAGUAGGGCAGAAACAUCAUAUUCACCAUUUGAAAUUAUUAGUAAUACAAGACUCUCAAAGCUUUUGGGAGGAAGCUAGAAAUAACUAUUUUUAAAAAGAAUUUAUUCAGCUAUUUGUUUAAUCACCUUUUUAAGUAUAGAACUUUUUUUACAACAGCUCUGAAAGUUCUGCAGUUCUGUGACCUAGAGGGAGGAGUCAUUUACUUCAUUGCACUAAACUUGGUUGAUUUGAAGGGGAAGAGGGGAAUAUCUGUGUCUGUCUUUAGUCCUUGAUAAUUUAAUCUUUGUAAUUCAGUGUAGCGAUUAAAAUAAUUUCUGUGUUGCACUGCAAUUUUCCUUAAAAGGGACACUGUUAAUAACACUUCUGACUGAAAAGUGUUACCUAUUAUUGCUACCUAAGAUUUUGACAAAUCUUGAAAGACUAAAGAAUUUUUUUUUCAGUUUGUUUAGUUUGUGUGUAUUUGACAGCACUUUGUGUAUAAACAGUUUCCUCUUUUGUUUGCAUAGAUAUUUCCCACAACAACAAGGGAGAAAUAAAGACAUUUAAAAAAUAGUAAAAUGUGAUUGUACAGAUAUCACGGGGCUCAGAAGCAGGCAUAGUACCAGAAAUCAGUUUUAACUUAUUAUUUUAGUUGACUUAGUCUCAGCUCCCUUCUCUAAUGUACAAAGAUAAUUCUCUGUUUAGUUAAUGAUGGUGCCUUUACUAUUAGGUAGCAAAGUAAUAUCACUGUAAAAAUCAAGUAAAAUAUAUGCAUUAGGUUUGCUAUCCAGUAUAAGCCCAAUACUGCAAGGUUCUAGCUGCCCUCAACUUACUUUUGCCUUGCAAGAUCCAGCCAUGUAAGGGACAACAACCAUACAAAUUCUUACAUGUGAGAGGUGUUUAGAUAGAAACAUGUAAGAAACGGCAUGUAGAAAACAAAUACUCAAUGUGUGUGUGUGCAUGUGUGUCUUUAUAUUUACCUAGAGAUGAACUGAAAACUCUAAUCCUAUGGAAUGAAAGCUUAGUCUACACAUUGCUUUUUAAAAAACAUGAUUAAUAGUUAUUGUAACUUGUUCAGUAUCUAUGCAAAUGAUGUAGUAUUGUCAAAAAUCUGUUGUCGCAGGUAUCUUUUAUUUUUAUGGAGAAAGCUAUUGCUAUAUCUGCAUUGGUAGGUUCUUUUGGUGCAAAAUAGCCUUAUUCUAUGUAACUGUUAUGCCUAUGUCACUGUAAGUUGCGGUUUCUUUAUUUUAACUGCCAAUAAAGUGUUAGUGGCAAUACAUCAAGGGAUUGUUUUGGCAAUAUGAUUAGGUUAGGUAUUUAGACAAUUAUCCUUUACAUUUAACUAAGGGGUUGUACAGCUGUGCUGUAACUGCAAAUAACAUGAAUAAGUCGCACACAACACACACACUAGUUUUUAUAGAUAUUUAAUAAAGUCUUAGAUUGUGAAUGAAUAUGUUGUCACCCCUCGCUCCCAAGCUGUCACUGCAUAUGCAGCAGUAUGCCUUUAUAAAGGCAGAAUUACACUUUAAAGUAAUAGGGCUCUACCAAGUGCCUAUAUUGGCUGCACACCAUGCAUCCUGGAAUACUCAAAGAUUUAAGCAGAAGAGGUGAAAUCUAUCACAGUGCAUUAAGCAAGCACAAGGCUCUGCAUGCCACUUAAGUAGUACAUGAUGUCUUCAACACUGGGAUGCCUUUCAUACUAAAUGAAUUUAAUUCACAUAUGUAUUUACCUUUUUUGGUCACAAACGCUUUAAUGCUUUUAGGCCCUGAUCCUGCAAAGGGUACACAUUACAAUGUGCAAUGUACACAUUGAAGUCAAUGGGACGACUAGCAGUGUGUAAAGUUAAGCAUGUGUGCCAGGAUUUGCAGGAUCAGUCUUACUCCUCAACAGGUUAUUCACAAAACGUAGGAUACUUAUUUCUGUUUUAGUCUCCUGUAGCUUUAAUAUUUUAUUUCCUGAUAUGUGCUUUUUGAGGGCCUCUUCGUUUUCACAAUUGGCUUUUCCAAAACUGAUUGCAAUCAUGUCUCUUCUUCCCCCCCGAACACAGUUUAUGAUUUGAUUCUAGGAAUUAUUCAGACACUAACCAAGUUAAAGGACAUUUGUACAGGCAUGCAUAAGACUGAACUGUAUGCAUAAAUGCUGCUUUUUAUUGUCUGCUGGGCAAAUUCUCAUGUCUUGAGAACGUUUUCAUUCAGUCCGUCUCAGGCAAACUCCCACUGAAAUCAAUAUAAGUUGGGCAGAGUCUGGGUUAAGGUUAACAGGAUUUGGCCCUGUAUUGCUUAGGAGGAUUUGUUUUCCUUUAGUGUUGGCAGAUUGGAAAGCAUUUAAUAUAUUUGUUUAAUACAUUUUAAAAUACUUUUGUGUUUUAUCAUUUUUGAAAAUGCUAGUAUUUCUGUCUUUUGGAACUUUGCUCCAUCACUGUUUAUAUGUACAUUGCAGUAAUUAUUUCAAGUGUAUUUUAUUUGCUGCUGUGCAUUUAAAUGUAGAUAAAAUGAUGCAGCUUCAUAUACAAAUUUAGAUUUGUGUCAUGCUUUAGUCUAAAAAACCUAAUUUGUAUUAAUGUAAAAAUGUGUUUAGAAUGUAUGUAAGAAUCAAAAUACUUUAUGGUGCUUGGGUUUUUCACUUUUGCAAUAGAAUAUCAUCAGUAUUUUUAGUUGCUAUAGAAGUUGUGAUGGAAAUUAUACUGCUGCUGAUUUAUUCACUGUAUAUAUGCUUCAUAGGACAACAAUCAUGCAUUUGUUCUAUAUUUUUUAAAAUAAAGUUAAAAAUCACUUGCAUGUA